UCGAGGCAAGGUGUGGCUGUGGGGCUUUCGCGCGCGCGGCUCCUCUCCGGGAUCUCUCGCGUUCUCUCUCUCCAUCAUCAUAUAUAAAUAUAAAUACAUGUAUACAUACAUAGAGACGAAUAUACAUUGAGCCGUACUUUUAACGUGUGAAUGCGUAGUGUGGUGUACAUGUGUUUUUCUGCGCGACAUUACCCAUAUGGUUAUACGUUAUUACUGUAAUAACAAGCCGCGGUGACACACGUGAGAGUGAGAAAGAGAGAGAGAGAGAUAGAGAGACCCCAGAAAUUCAAAGGGAACCGCAACCCCCACCCUCAUCCCCUCCACACUUCGUUCAAUCUCACAUGCCAUUCGUUUCUUAAUCGGCCGCGUGUAUACAUCACCCACUCGAUCGAAUUCUCUGAGAAUAAUCACGCUUCACUCGCGAAACAUUAUUCGUACCUGCACAUAAGCACCCGUACACCUAUCCUAGCUCGCUUGUCCCGAGUUUUUCUUUUUUAUUCACCAUAAUGAGAGAUCGGCUGUAGAACAUUUUACCCCGUGCAUAUCUUCGACUCGACUCGCGCGCGUUCUCUCGUCUCUCAAAACCACCACAGUUUUGUUGCUUGCAGCAGUUUUUUCGCUUGUGCACGAGUGUGCGUGUGUAAUGCGUCUUCCGAACGUGGAUGUUUAGUCUCUCAUCUCGUGGGCGACUCUUCAAGAUAUCUGUUGUUACUCGGUUUUAUUCGUGAAAUUUGUUGCGCGGCACGUGUGUUCGAAUGAACUGAAAACAAGUUUUUCUUCAGAAAGAUACACAAAUGUAGUUAUCGUUGAUAUUUUAUUUUUUUUCUCUUCGAUUUCAAUGGUUCAACGUGAAAGAAGCUAGUGAGAGUGCGCGCGUGUCAGUGCGCCAAGAGUUUUAACGUUCUUCGUUAAAAGAGGGAAAAAAAACGAUUGGUGAAAGACGGAGAAAUAAGCGAGAACUAACGUGCAAGUGAGAUGUGACAGGAAGAUCGCGAGAGUGUGCGGAGCGUCGAGAGAAGAAAAAAAAGGCUCGUACAGUGUGGUCCACCAUACGCGCAGCAUCCCUCCGAUGGUAAAAGGAUUGAACUGUGCUCAGAGGACGCUACCAUUAUUCCAAACACCAUGAAUUGUAACGUGAUAGCAUCUACAUGUGUAUAUACAAGUGUACAACGUUUUGACAGGAAGAGCGAGUGAAAGAGGACGAGGGAAAACGAUAAAUAUGACAAUAGGGUAUAAAAGGGCUUCGGGUAAUCUCGCCAGACGGAAAUAUUCGUACGGUAUAAAAGACUGAUACAGGAUGUGCCACUGUUUGUUAUUAUUAUUACCAUUGUUAUUGUCAUUAUCAUCUACGAGUGAAUGAACUUUAUUAUUUUCAUUUGUUUUUUAAUCUCCCGAAAAAGGAUACUUUGAAUUCUUUUUGAUAUUCCAUUUACUACGGAUAUUUUGUUGUUCUUUCAAUUUUUAUAAUCCUCACGAACAUUCCAGUUUUAAUGGGGCUUAUUUACUACGUGUAUUUGAGUGUCUUUUCGGAUAACAAUAUAAUCGCCGCGUCGAUUAAACACGGGAUCGAUAAUUAAGAGAGCGAGGCAACGAGACAGAGUCUCGGAAAUACGUUGGUUCAUCGAAAAAAUCGAGGAAACUCUUCUUCAUCGUGUUGUUUAUUUUUCAUCUUGACAAAAUAAACAUCUAUCAAGACUUUUCUCUUCUAUCCUCACCACAUAAAAUCACCAGUGCCAUCUCACAGUGUUGAAAAUUCAUCUUCAAAACACGAGAUCCAACGACAUGUGCGUGAAUCGUUGAAUGCUGUAUGAACAGUGACCAUGAUUAUUUACAAAUUUCCAACCAUGUAACGUUCUCUUUGAGCUCCAAUGGAAAACGAGAAUUUGAGUGAAAAUUCAAGUUAUUUUAUGGCUUUCCCAAACAUCUUUUGAACUCGAUCCAUCGCCUGUGACAAGUGCCAUAUUUGCGACAGCGCUGUGAAGGAAAUUUUCAAAGGAGACACAACGCGACUGCAAGAACAUGGAAUUGAGAGCGGUUACCUAGUAAAACGAAAAUUCAACGCCAUCAAAAGUCUUUCAUUUACAUUCUUUGCCCGCUAAGCAAUAUUUCUUAGUGAUUAUUCCAAGAUCCUGUUAAAAUGCCGAGUAGCAUUGGAGAAGAAGGACUUGUCGCGGCGGAAUGGCUCUUCACAGAGCUCAGAUCGCAGUCCAGCGUUGACAAACUUCUCAUCCUGGAUUGCCGAGCUCAUUCAGAGUUCUCUGAAAACCACAUCAGAGGCUCGGUGCCCCUGGCCAUACCGAGUAUCAUGCUCAGGAGACUCGCAGCUGGCAAAGUUGAUCUGCUGGCGACGAUAAGAUGCUUGGAGCUGAGAUCGAGGGUCGAAAUUUUUUUAUACGGUGACAACGAAAACAGAGGAACUUUUGUUCUCGUUGGAGAUGCCACUGAGCCUGCUGGACAUCAAGGAGAAACUAUCCAGGUGCUCAGCAGAAGACUGCGCAGCGGAGGGGGCAGCGUCGCUACACUUAUAGGAGGUUUUGGAGCAUUCCGUGAUCGCUAUCCAGAGUGGUGCGAAGGUGGUCAGGCGAACGCCGAAGGACAAACUGGCCAGGAGCCGAACGAAGGUGAAUUAAUGGGUCUUCGCUCGUUACGUAUUUCAACUCCGACCACGAGAGCCUAUUCGGAUUCGGAUAGCGACAGUACAUGUGAUUCUUUCGGUCCAGAAGAAGACAAGGACUUUCCUGUGGAAAUUCUUCCCCAUUUGUACCUUGGGAAUGCGGCGAACAGCGAGGACAGGGACGCCCUGGCACGACACAGGAUACAAUAUAUUUUAAACGUCACUCCUGAUCUGCCGAACGUCUUCGAGAGCGCCGGUUCCAUAAAGUACAUGCAGAUCCCUAUAAGCGACCAUUGGAGUCAAAAUCUCGCGAGCUUCUUCCCACAAGCCAUCCAGUUCAUCGAAGAAGCACGAAAUUCGGAUAAAGGUGUACUGGUGCAUUGUCUAGCGGGUGUAUCGCGCUCGGUAACGAUAACGGUGGCGUAUCUGAUGCACAAGUGCAGUUUGAGUUUGAACGACGCCUUCAAUUUGGUACGAAGCCGAAAGUCUAACGUAGCACCGAAUUUCCACUUCAUGGAGCAGUUGCACAGUUUCGAGAGAGAAUUGAGGGAUCGUGGCGACAGAAACAAGCGCAAUAAUCAGCGAUGCAUAGGCGCGUGCCGACCGGGAGGACCGUGCAAUUGUCCAGCGCCGAGUUUUCUCAGUCCGAUCGAUCUUGGACUCAGUCCGGACUCGGGUAUCGAGUUUGACCGAUGGGCAGCGAGUACGCCGGCGGAAUGAGACGGGCCGGGAGGGACCCAAUACAAAUUUUAGGUCCCUCCUUGGGCACGUACGCGGGAAACGCGUUAAUCAGCCUCUGCAUUCUGGUAAUUGGUGAGAGAAAGUUCAACGAGGGAAGGAAAUCCUCUCCGGAACUUCUUCACCUUUUUCCUUCCUUACGGUAGACGCACCUUUUCGGUUGUGCGAAGAAAUACGAGACUCGCCAAAGCGCCGAAGCACCAAGAGACUACUCUGGCACGUUCUAUAGAGGGAGGAAAAGAAAAUGCAGAAAGCGAAAUGAGAUAAUCCGUCAUCACUUUUGCGAAGUCAUCAAUGUACGUCGCGCGACUAACGAGACAGGGGAGAGCAUCUUCUCCUUGCGUACAAUUGUUCGUAACUGGGCUCGCAGCUGAACGACACGAGAGUAGUAAAUACAACCCGCGGGGCGGGCUUGCAGAAAGCUUUCUGCCGCGUUACAGUCUCAUCGGUUACUUGUUCAUUAAUUGUUUAUUAUUUUUUCAUAAUUGCGAGGGCGCGGUACACGGUCAAUAAACGCCACAGUUUCAGCAUGUUACGACUUAGGGAGAGAGUAGAAUAUGACUGUGUCGAAUGUGUGCAUGGGGAUUUAUGUGUGUGUAUGUGCGUGUGCCGGAAUUUCGAGUAAACCGUACAACUGACAACCGCGUGAACUUUAUUUGAAACAAGAAUGUUGUUAAAGCGAGGACCUCGGGCUCAUAAGUGCGCAUCGAAAGAUAAUUCUUUUUCAUUACUUUUUGCUUUGGAAGAAAAAUUGUAUAGAAACACAGCAAAGAGCAUUCACUGGUCGCACAAAUAUCACACUCCACUCAUCAGAAAUUACGUGUGAGAUGCUAUUUUUGAGAGACUCGUUUGAUUUUGAUAAAAUUUCGAUCAACACGGAUCCGAAUAUUAAUCCGUUUGAUGCUUUUAGCAUUUUUCACGAUCUUCCAAGAGUAUUACUAGGGCCGGAGUCCUCCUUAACGCCCCUCCAUCACGUAGUCACGUCCAGGUGUUUGAAAGUAUUUUAUAAUGAUUAAAAAAAACAAACAAAAUCAGUUACGAAAAAAUCAGAUUUUCUCGACCUCAACGAUUCACGGCAAUAUGGAAAUGAAGUUUCAUCAUUGUGAACCAAGAGAAUAAGCAAUUAGUGAAGAAACGCGGUCGCGAAUACCGAACUUUUUCGACAAAUAGGACAAAUUUGAGAAAACGAUAUUUUUCUUUUUUUAAAAAUGCAUGAAUUCGAAUAGUACAUUGAUGGGAAGAGGUGGUAAUUUGAAAUCCUGCAGAAAAUACGCAUCCAAAAUUUUGUGAGUGUAAACACGAAUGCUUCAAACCUAAAUGAGCAAUGUAAGAGCCCAAAAGCUUUAUUCAGAUCGUUUUAACUGUUUUUCCGUCAGGAUUGAAAUGAAGAAAAACCGCAGAAAAAAUAAUGCAGCGAUCGAAACAGUAGCAGAACUGCGAGAAAAAAAAGCAACGAAGCUUUGUUUUGUAUCCUUCUCGAUUAAAUAACCAGACUAAUGCAUGAUAGAAAACCAGUGAAAUAUUCGUACGUGACGAUCAUUCGAGCCUGGAUCAAAGUCAACGAAUAAUUAAUGAAAAUAUGAACAUAUAUUGAUAAAUAGUUCGAAACUUCAUGCAAUGGUUGAAAAUUACUGGUACCAUAACUCCAAACACAUGUCGACUUUUUACUGCUUCUUAAUUUUGCAUGUUCUCUUACGUUAAGAAAAAUAGUGAAACGGAUAAAAGUUUCAAAUUACCACGACUUUCUUUAUUUAUAACUAUAAAGAAACACGAACGCGUUCGGUAAUUUUCGUUUAUUUUUAUCAACGUCCAACACCUCUUUAGAAUAUGUACAUAAUUUUAUAUCCUCAUCGAGACGAGAAAAGAAAUUUAUAAAUAUGUAUUUUAAUAAUUCUUCCCUCGAGCGUCCCCCCGAUAACCUCCGUCAGGAGGAUCCGUCAAUUGUUGAGGCUGUUUUUAUUUUUAUUCAGUGCCGAAAACAAAAUGAGGAAAAUAAAUCGAGUAUAAAAAGCUCGUAACUAGGGUAAAACUUAAUAAAACAAAAAGCACCGGUUAGACGAGUAUCAUUGGAGCAAAAAUUGUUUCAUUUGUUCGCUCAUACGACUCUUUGAUGUUCAAAGUGACAAGAAUACACGAACUUCCGUAUAUCUCUUAAAGUUUUAUGAAAGAGGAUUUAAAAAUAGAUAAAAAUGGCAAACAUUGAUUGCAACAUACCAAAUGACAUUCGCGUCAUCAGAAAAUCAGUUUAUAAUCACGAAACUUAACAGACAACUCAAACUCACACACACACACACACUAAAGUGACUUAUCCUCAAACAAAAAGUAUAUAUUCAAGAAUACAGACACAUGCAUGACGCUUCCCGACUUUUGGGAUGAAAUUUAAAAAAUUAAAAAAAAAAACAACAAACAAAGCAGAAAUAUAAAAGGUAGAACGAGACAGCCGGGAUUCGGUGCAUUUUUACGGGGCAUUCCUGAUAGUUUCGAGCUUACCUGACAAUGAGAUCGAUCUAUCGUUCUAUAGCGAUUAAGAAACGUAGAAAAGAAAAAAAACAAAUGCAAAACAAUUUAAAGAGAAGUGUUUCUCGAAGACCUCUUUGUGGUCGCCGGGCACCAAAUUCCACGUACAGACCCACCGCCCAGUUCCGAUUUGUCGCGCAGAAAUAAUGGAUGACAAGUGAAAAAAAACAAAAUAAAAAUAUUCGCGGCAAACAUCGCUAAAUUUUCUAUUUGUGGAGCAGAAGAAAAAUCCAUAAAGUUUCGGCACCUCCGACUUUUCCAGAGUGAAAAAUAAUGGUACCUGUUGCACGCACAUUUAAAAAAAAAUUUCUUUCGACACUUAUAACAACACGUCGUUUCGUAAAAAAUAAUGCACACGCCAAGUUUUUAGACAGAAAAAAAAGCGUUGACUUUCGCUUAUUAUUCAUUGUACUCUGUAGGCAUGCGAACAAACGAAAAAUCAUUUCUUAUGGUGUAUUGCACAGAGUCGAAAAGAGAUUUCAAAAAUAAAUAUACGAAAGUUUAUUUUUUAUAAUGGAAGGACAUCACAUUCCCAUCACGAGCCACCACAAUGGCCUGAAACCGUAACUAUCUCAAUGUACUAUAUGUAUCAUUUAUCAAGCAUUAUUGAAAUCAAUAUGAAUGUAAUACCGUGAAUGUUAUUUUUAUCAUGUAAUAAUCCACAAGUUUAAGGAUAACGAGCAAUCUUGCAACUGCGAGGUUCAAUUGAUCUACCUUUAAGAAAAAUAAAAUAUAUAUAUUAUAUAAAAAUACACACACACACAUACAUAUAUACAUAUAUUUGACGUUACUGUAAUAACAAUAUUCUACUACUAAACUGUUGUCUGUUGUACGUUUAAUGGGCGCAGAGAUGCCCAAGAAAUUUAAUCAAAUAUUAUGUAUAUUACCAUAAAUUAUUAUUUUGUAUUCAUCGUUGUAUAUAUAUUUUAAAUUAAUUUUCAUUAGAAAUACAAACUUAUCUUACCUGCAA